GAUCCCUCCCACCCCGAGGUCCCAUGUCCUCUGUCCCAUCGUCGAUUCCCACGGACUCCACCUCUCAUCGAAACCCUAAUCUCCCCUUAUAAUCCCAUCGGGAAACCCUAAUCUCGGUUCCGUUUUCUCGCAAUUCGACCGAGAUCAGUUCUUGCGGGAGAGAAAUCUCGUCGUUCUACCACCCCUUUUGAUUCGGAGAAGAGAGGGGGAAAAGGAGGGCGAAUCCAAGAAGAUGGCGGGAUCGAGCUCCUGGUCGCGGGCAUUGGUGCAUAUCUCCCCGUAUACUUUCUCGGCAGUCAGCAUAGCCAUCUCCAUCGGCUUCUCCGUCCUUGGGGCGGCCUGGGGGGAAUAUAUAACGGGAAUCAGCUUGAUUGGUGCGGCGAUCAAGGCUCCUAGGAUCACCUGCAAGAAUCUCAUCAGUGUUAUUUUUUGUGAGGCUGUUGCAAUAUAUGGUGUUAUUGUUGCAAUCAUCCUACAAACUAAAUUAGAAAGUGCGCCGGAAUCUAAAAUAUACGUUCCAGAGUCUCUUAGAGCUGGCUAUGCAAUCUUUGCUUCUGGGAUCAUUGUGGGCUUUGAAAAUCUAGUUUGUGGGAUUUGUGUGGGAAUUAUUGGAAGCAGCUGUGCACUAUCUGAUGCUCAGAACUCAUCACUCUUUGUAAAGAUUUUGGUGAUUGAAAUUUUUGGCAGCGCACUUGGAUUGUUUGGAGUCAUCGUGGGAAUAAUCAUGUCAUCUCAAGCAACAUGGCCUGCAAAGAUGGCAUGAACCUGCUGUCAUCAGAAACAGACGCCUUGACUCUUCAUUUCACUGGAAAGGUGUGGCAUGCAUACUUUGUCUCAAUCUUCCCAAGGUUAGAAUUAGCAUGACCAUUAUGUCAUAAUCAUGAUUAUGUAAUAUUUCAUUUGGUGCUUCUUAAGGAGCAUCUUGCGGAAAUUUUAUUUUUGAUCCUGCCAUUGCUUUAAGGAUCUCAGUUGUUGCCGAAUGAAUUCCCUUGAGCUAUCCAUCCAUUACUUAUGGUUUGGACAAUGACUAGCAUUCUUAAUAACUCGGAUGUUGGGAUGGCAGAUUGGGGAUUAGCCCCUCCUGGUCUCGGAGAGAGAUUGGUUCUGAUGUUUGGAUGCUGUUGUGUUUAUUGAUCCAUGGGGUUUCUUCAGCUGACGCAUUUCUGAUUGGAUCCUUGAGCUAAAAGGAAUUAUUGGCCCUGUGCUUCUGCUCGUUCUUGCAUCUGGUUAUUCUGGCGAGCAGGCCGCCAGUUUCAUGGCGUAAGGCUGCAAAUGGUUUAGGUGAUAAAAGCCGAUUGUUGUUUUGCUUGUGAUUGAUUAAGGAGUCCUGCUGCAUCUGCUUCCUGCGGAGCGGGCGAUGAAGCCAACUCGCCAACCUACAACAGGCUCGUUCCAUAGGCAACCAGGGUGUUGGAGCACUCACCGACCACAAAUAUUCACCCAUGGUAAAUCUGCAAGGGUCCUUUGUUGUAUUUUUAGUUGUAUCAUCUUUGCUCAAAUCCUGGUUGUAUCUUGUCAUGUCAUUUUUCUAAUUCUUGUAGCCCGUGGAAGCCUUGAUUUUCAUGCAUACAUACAUAUAUCGUGAAAAGGAGCUGAAGGUCCUAUUUGGUAUCAGUCACUAGCUCUUAUAAAAUUGGCUGGCUUGUAUUUGGUCUGGAGAGAACUAUGCGUUCGGUGCUUUAGAAACAUUUUCAGGCCACAUCUAUUUGAAGCUUGGCUUGACCCUGAUCAGCCAACCUGGCCCAUGUGCAUGCAGAUGUAGUAAUGCAAUGGGGCUAUUCUUUUUCUUUUUAUCAAAAAAGACAAACUUCUUGUCAAACAUGAUUCAAAUCUGCUGUUUUAAUUUGAAAAAUUUGCCCGUGCAGAACGCAUAUGUUCAGUA